CCCACUCCCUCUCUACCCCUUAUAUAAACAUCGCUUCACCUUCUUCACUACCAAUACUUCUUAUCUUCUUCAUCCAAUUCGAUCAUUUAGCAGUUUUGAUUAUACUCUACACCUUCCAUAUAUAUCCUUCGCUCCGUUUCAGCUUCCAUAUAUGGCAGAGAAAGAAGAAGCCCACUUAAACGGGGCAUACUACGGCCCCUCAGUCCCGGCCAGCAAAUCCUACCACCGUCCCAGCCGCGGCGGUGGCCCCCUCGGCUGCUGCUGCAGCUGCAUCUUCGGCCUCGUCUUCAAAAUCAUCUUCGCAGCAGUCGUCUUCAUGGGACUAGCCUUCCUCGUCUUCUGGCUCAUAGUCCGCCCCACUAAAGUCAAGUUCCACGUCACCGACGCCACGCUCACCCAAUUCAACUUCUCCACCGAUAGCAAACUGCAUUACAACCUAGCCCUCAACCUCACCAUUCGAAACCCCAACAAGAAGAUCGGUGUCUACUACGAUCGCAUUGAAGCCAGAGCUCUUUACGAGGGCCAGAGGUUUAGUACGGUCACCCUCACGCCAUUUUACCAAGGCCACAAAACUACAAACGUUUUGAACCCGGUGUUUCAGGGACAGCAAUUGAUUGUUGGAUCCAACUUGCUUGAGGAGUUUAAUCAACAGAAAAGUGCAGGGGUUUACGAGAUUGAGAUGAAGCUUUAUUUGAGGAUUCGGUUCAAGUUGGGUAGAAUCAAGACUGGAAAGUUCAAGCCUAGAAUUGAAUGUGACAUGAAGGUUCCUUUGAACCAGAAUGGGAAUUCAGUCGGUACUUUUCAGACGGAGAAGUGCUCAGUAGAUUACUUUAAUUAUUGAUAACGCACUUCUGUUAGUCUGUGGCGGAGCAGAGAGCACUUCAUUAAUUCUUGUUGAUAGUGCACUUCAUUCUCGUCUUCUCGAGAGGGAUGCGGCUUGUAUAUUUAUGAGCAUCCUAUACUCCAUAUAUAGUCUUGGUUCUUUUAUUUAAUUUUUGGGUGUAUUUGAUACUUGAGUUAGUAUUAUAUAUAUAUAUAUUAUUUUUUUU